UGUGCUAGGUGCCACCCAGGGCCAGCUAGUACAUCUGUCGUGUGCUAGGUGCCACCCAGGGCCAGCUAGUACAUCUGUCGUGUGCUAGGUGCUACCCAGGGCCAGCUAGUACAUCUGUCGUGUGCUAGGUGCCACCCAGGGCCAGCUAGUACAUCUGUCGUGUGCUAGGUGCUACCCAGGGCCAGCUAGUACAUCUGUCGUGUGCUAGGUGCCACCCAGGGCCAGCUAGUACAUCUGUCGUGUGCUAGGUGCCACCCAGGGCCAGCUAGUACAUCUGUCGUGUGCUAGGUGCCACCCAGGGCCAGCUAGUACAUCUGUCGUGUGCUAGGUGCCACCCAGGGCCAGCUAGUACAUCUGUCGUGUGCUAGGUGCCACCCAGGGCCAGCUAGUACAUCUGUCGUGUGCUAGGUGCCACCCAGGGCCAGCUAGUACAUCUGUCGUGUGCUAGGUGCCACCCAGGGCCAGCUAGUACAUCUGUCGUGUGCUAGGUGCCACCCAGGGCCAGCUAGUACAUCUAUUGUACUAGAUUCAGUGGUCACUUCUUGGGAGUUACGUUAUGUCUACUGAUACGUUCAGUAAUCCAGACAUGCCAGGAUAUGUUGGAUUUGCCAAUCUUCCAAAUCAGAUUCACCGUAAAUCUGUGAAGAGAGGCUUUGAGUUCACUUUAAUGGUUGUAGGUGAAAGUGGGUUAGGUAAAUCAACGCUGAUUAAUACCCUCUUCCUCACUGAUCUCUAUCCAGACAGAGUUUUGUCAUCUGCUCAAGAGAAUAUUGACAAAACUGUCAAGAUUGAUGUGUCAACGGUUGAGAUUGAAGAACGAGGUGUGAAAGUUAGACUCACAGUAGUUGACACUCCAGGCUAUGGGGAUGCUAUUGACAACACAGACUGUUUUCAGUCGAUUAUUCAGUACAUCAAUGAGCAGUUUGAAAGAUAUCUCCAAGAUGAAUCCGGUCUAAAUCGUCGGCACAUUGUAGAUAAUCGGGUUCACUGUUGCUUCUACUUCAUCAACCCUGCUGGUCACGGACUGAAGCCACUAGAUAUUCAGUUUAUGAAACAGUUACACAACAAGGUGAAUAUUGUUCCUGUCCUUGCCAAGGCUGACACACUUACCAAGCAAGAGGUAGCCAAGCUCAAACGAAAGGUUCUGGAUGAAAUUGAGGAAAAUGGGAUCCAUAUUUAUCCACUGCCAGACUGUGAUACAGAUGAAGAAGAAGAUUACAAAGAACAGGUUAGACAGUUGAAGGAGGCAGUGCCUUUUGCAGUUGUGGGCUCCACCACAGUAUUAGAUGUUGGUGGCAAGAAAGUAAGAGGACGACAGUAUCCUUGGGGUGUUAUUGAGGUGGAAAACCCCAACCAUUGUGACUUUAUUAAACUUCGAUGCCUUCUUGGGACACACAUGCAGGACCUGACAGAGGUGACACAAGAUGUCCAUUAUGAGAACUACAGAUCUGAGAGGCUGGCCAAGGGUGGUGGCUCUCCUCUGGCUGCUGCUGCUACUGCAAUCAACAACAACUCACACUCUAGUACAAACUCCUUACCAUCUAAAAAGCAGAUUAAUUCUCCACCAGUUGUUGGACAAGAGAAGGAUCGCAUGGUAAUGGAGUUGGAAGAAAAGGAGGCACAGAUUCGCAAGAUGCAAGAAAUGAUGGCCAGGAUGCAAGCCCAACUCCAGGACAAAAAAUAAUCCAAAGUUAGAGUAAAAAAGACAUAUUGACAAUAUAUGCAAGUACUUAGCAUAAUAAAAAGCUUUUGAAAAUAAUGGCAUGUACUGUACUUAGUCUGUGAAAGAUAAACUUUGUGAAGGUUUUCAUCAGGAUCUCAUCAGUAGCAAGAAUGCUGAAAAUUGGGAUUUCUUAUGUAUUUCUUAAUGUGGCUAUUUAACAGUGACUAGUAAGCCACAGGAUAAGAAUUUUGGCAUUGAAAUUAAUUCUUGAACCUUUCAUAAGACAAUUCAGAACCUUUUUGUUACAUAAUUCAUUGUGCAUAAAUGAGCAUAUGUUUUUAGAUAUCGGUAUAAAUACUUAUACUGCAUAAAUUAGAUAUAAUUAUGACAAUUAUCCCCUCAAGCAGUGAUGUGCAUGCGCAUGGGUGUCAUAGAUUUCAGGGGAUGGUUUACAUUAAAUCUUUUACCAAAAAUAUACUUUUAGUGAAUGAGAAUAUGAGAAUAAUGUUAAGUGGAUGUUCUGUUAAUCUUGAGAAAGCAGCAUAGUGAAAGUUGUUCUCUUGUCAUUGGUUUUAGUAAUACUCUCACCAUUUGCUCUCUAAAUUUUUUCCUUUUUUUAAAGUUUUUAGUUAGUUCUGAGAGAUAUUUAAUACUCAUAUUUCAAAAAAAGGUAAAUUCAUAAUAUCUUGGAUAAACAUGCCAGUAUUACUUUAGUUAUUGUUAAUAAAUAUGAUGGAAUUAUCUUUGGUUAGCAAUAUGGUUUCCAAAAUGUGUCUUGUUAGUUUCAUUUAAAACCAGUUAUUGUUACACUGAGUGUGUAUAGCAUGUGGUGUGAUGCACACUAUUGCCACACCACACUAAAGCUUGCUAAUUUUCACAACUUAUCCUCUUUGAAUAGGAAACUUCAGACAAUAUUUUAAUCUGUUAAGGAUCAUUAUCAACUCUCAAAAAUAAUCUAAAGAUUCUUUAACAAAUUGUGGGUUAGUUGUGAAUUUUUUUCAGCCAUGGUACUGUUUAGUAAUUUGUUUUUCAGCUUGUUACUUUUCUAUAUUUGAGCUUUUGCUUUUACCUUUUUUCAUUGUUUAAAUGUUCCCACCACUCAGGCAUUUCUUUUUGUUAUUAAAAAUACUACUGUAUAUUUCUCAUUUGUGUACAGAAAAACAUUUGUUAACCCUUAAACUGUUCAAACGUAGAUCUACGUUCAUUGUGUAGUGCUCCGAAUGUAGAUCUACGUUCUUUUUUAACAUGCUUUCAAAUGGAGAAAAUAAAGGAUGGAGCGCUACGCACGUGAACGUAGAUCUACCUUUGGACAGUUUAAAGGUUAAAAGCCACUUUUAGUAUGUAGAGCCUGUCAGCAGAUGAUGUACUGUAAUUAUGUUAAUUCUUCAACACUUACAACUUAUUACAAUUUUAUCCUUUUCUCUAAUGGCCAAGCAUUAUGGAUUGGGCAAGUUUUCCUUUUAAUUUUACAUGUAAAAAAUAAAGAUAGUCAAAAUGUGUAUAAAAAGCUGUAUUUACCAGCUGUCACAAGGCAAAAUAUUUCUGAUAAAAAUUUUGUGGCUACCAGUCAUGUUUACAAGGUGAAAACUUGAUUAAAGAACAAAUUAAUAGACAAGGUAGAGCAUGUGUUAGUUACACUAAACAUCAAAAUUCAUCAUUCAGUAAUAUGAAUAUUGCGUAGUGAUGGCACUCAAAUUAUCAAUUCUCUGCUAUCAUUCAUGGUAAGAAAUAUUUCCCAUAGCAGUCAGUGAAAACUGAUGGUAGUGAUGCAAAUAACAUGUGAUCUUCAGGGUAAACUGUGAUGUAAUGCAUCAAAAUAAUAGUAAAAUGAACUAAUCAAUGCUGCUACUUCGUAGCAUUAAAGUUUCUUAUUGUUACUAAAGUUCAGCCUCUAAUGUAACGGAGACCUCUGUCUGUUUAUCCAGUUCCCACCAACUAUGUUAAUCUGUAGAGAUUUUAGUCUAAGAGUAAUUAUAAAUUAAUUAUAAUUUUUUAGGUUAUUGGCCAUUUAGUGUUAAGUCAUCAGUUACGAUGUAGUCUUCCAAUUUUAACUGGCCUCUCAAAAUUCUCAAACUAACAAGGAAGGCUGUUCAUCAAUCAAAAUGAGUACACUUUCAUCAGGUUUACCUGGGUUUUGACGACCUGCAGUUUGGAUUACCCAUAGCAUUUGAAUAACACUGCCAGUACUGAGUCAUUUGAUAUUAAGAAUGGGUAUGUGAAUUAAGACACUGAUAUUUCUUUUCUUUUUUUUAAAUAUUACUGUGGGAAAACUAAUUAAUUGACCAGUGAAAUAUUUAAUUCCCUGUAAUGUGUGAAUAGUGCAUGUAAGCUUGAGUUGGAUAAUCAGAAUUUUGGUAUAUCAGCUCCUGGCCAGUUAAUGAAUGUAUGUAAUGAAUUGUCAAGUCUAAAAUAUACAUGUAGAAUACUCUUGCUGCUGGGAAAUGUGUGUUAUGCAAAAUGUCUCGUGCUUUUUGUUUUUUGCUUUAUGGCCAAAAAUGCGAGACAUUGAACUUGAGACUGAUCAGUUAACCUCGCCUUAUUAUAAACUUAAUGAACAGUGAUUAUUUUUUCUUGCGUAUUUGUAUCACUUUGCUGUAGAACAAUAGUUUCAGUGAUAUUUAAAUGGCUCCAGAAGCUGAGUGUGCCUUAAUAUUCCCAGAAUAGAGUAGAGGUGGUUAAUAUUUCUUUGGUAAAUGAAUUACAGUUUUUGAGGGCAUAUUUACAUGCUUCCACAUUUGAUACCCUCAUAAUACAUCAAUCUCUCAAUCAAUGUAGACCCCUUUCAAAAUAGUAUUUGUUUUUAAAUAUUAGUACAUUUUACUUGUUACCUCUAAAAGACAAGUUAACCCAAACAUUACCAUUAUCAGUCUUGUAAGCAUUUAUUUCCCUUAUUAAGGGAGUUCCUUAAUGCUGGUGAGGGGCUCGUGUUCAAAGGAAUGGAACCUGACCUCGGUCCAACGCCUCUCAUUACAGACCCAUUGCUCUUACUAGUGCAAAUUGUGAGUUAGAGCACUUGGUUAACUUGGUACUUGGAAACCCAUAAUUCUCUCUCAUCAUCAAUUUGGUUUUCAUGGGGUACUUGUGUCCAGGUAAAUAAUUAUUUUUUUUUUCCCCUGGCUUUGUCCAGGCUGAGGGCUCCCUUAACCCUUUCAGGGUCGAGAGGUCCUCUCCAUAACUCGUUCUCAGGGUCGAAAAUUUUUCGGAAAAAAAAAAUUAUUUUUUCUUAUGAAAUGAUAGAGAAUCUUUUCCCAAUCAUAAUGACACCAAAAGUAUGAGAUUUGAUUGAAAACUUACGGAAUUAUGCUCUCGCGAAGUUAGCAGUCUCGACGAUGUUUACUCAUCGGCGAUUUCGCCAACUUUGAGCCCUAUUUUCGGCCAAUUCCUAUGGACUAGUCAACAAAAAUCAUAUUUAUUUCGCUAGAACUCCAUUUUUUCUAUUGAAUGAGUACAAGAAACCACCCAUUUACCAAUUUCAACUGUCCAAUAAAGUGAUUAGAAAUUAGCAAUUUUGCCAAUUUCACACAAGUUUCAGAAGAUGCCAAUUUCCAAAUAGGGUUCAGAAUAAACAAGACAGACAUUCUUGGCACUAAAAUAACAAGUUCUCUGUUCAUUAGUCACGUCCCCAGGCCCCUCUUACAUUUCUUUUGCUUUCCACUUUGAAUUUUUAUUCUCACUAAUAAUAAAAGAUUUACUGUUAUGCAGACUACUGCAUUAGUGUAGAAAUGGUAUAAAUAAUAUCAGAGCACUUGUGAAAGAAUAUUAGACUCACCAGUUGACGUGUAUUGGACGCUUGGCAUGAUUUGUUUACUUUUGAACUUUGGUAAAAAUCGAACAUUUCUGCUAAUUUGAGCUCAAUUUUAAGGUACUCUUCAUUGUGAAACCAAUCAAAAUCAUCGUAAUUUAUGUAAUAUGUCUUCCAUUCUAUAAAAUGAGAUCAGGAAAACUAAAAUACAACCAUAAAUACCGUACGAAAAUACAGUGCAAAGUCGCUGUUUUAAUCCAAAAACGACGUUUUUUUUUUUUUCUCAUUACUCACUGUGGGCUGCAGGUUUUUUUUUUAUUCUGCGCACACUGACCACAUAGACCCAUUCUUUCAUAUGUAGGCCUACCAGCUUUCUCUCGCUAGAUUUGAAGGCGCUAGAAUUUAGGUGUUCUAGUACAUCAGUAACCCUGGUGCGUAAGCCGUACUAUUACGUCGGAAACCCUGAAAGGGUUAAGGCUAUGUCCUCAGCAUUUUUUUUUCUUUUUUUACACUGGCUGUUAUGCAACAAGGUAGGGGUGACCCCCAAAAAGAAGAAACUCUUUCCUCAUCACUCGCUCUAUCAUACUCUUGCCAGUGGCGUGCUUACAUUAUGGCUCAGAUGAACCCUCCUCCAACUGCAUCAUCCCCACCCUUCCAUCAGAGUGCAGGCAUUGUACUUUGCACCUCCAGGACUCGAGUCUGGCUAAUCAUUUUCUCUGAAUCCCUUUGUAAAUCUCGCUUUUCUCACUCCAGCAGCACAUCAUAAAAACCACUUGCCUCCACUCACUCCUAACACACUUGCACAUGCCUGCUGGAUGUCUAAUCCCCUUUACACACAAACCUCCUUUACCCCCCUCCCUUCAGCCUUUCCUACGAUGACCCUUACCCCUCCUUCCCUCCACACUGCAGAUUUAUACAUCCUCCAGGUCAUCUUGUUAAGUUGCAUCCUCUGAAUGUCCAAACCACCUCAGCCCUCUGGAUAAUACUUUUAGCAACCUUGCACCUCCUGUCUCCAAACUAUGAAUUCUCUGCAUAAUAUUCACACCAUACAUUGCCCUCAGACACGACAUCUCCAAUAUUUCCAGGCUCCUCUCUGAAACAUUUAAAACUUAUGCUUCAUAACCAUAUAAAUGAGUGUUGGUACCAUUAUAGUCUGGGUCAUUCUCCAUUUUUGCCUCCAUGGAUAAGGUUCUUGGUCCCUGAAUAGGAUAUAAUCAGAUUUCUUGUUCUUCUGUGUGAUCAUUGAAUGUCCUGGAAGCCUUGUAUAACUUCCCUAAUAGCUGCUUAUCAUAGCCACUUAAACCUCAAAACUUUAGCCCAUUUUUCUCUGUUUUCAUUCUGCCAAAUCUUUUCUUAACUGGACUAUAAUGACCAGCUCUGUUCUGCCUCCUCAGUACUCUUUGCAAACUUGAUUCUAUUCAUCAUUGCAGAUUGUCUCUGUCUCAGGGCUUCUCUUUAUCUUUGUUAUUUGAGAGCCUAUAUGCAGAGGUAAAUGCCCCAUCUUUGCAAGAUCGGCACAAUGCCCAUUGUCAAUUAUUUUGUCCACUCUUACAACCUCCAUGAUCCUUCCACGGGUUUAAUUCUCUCUUACCCCUCAUAUAUUCCUCUUCUCACACUUCUCUCCCUUCAGUGCUGUAUAACUUUCGAGUUUAGCACUUAACUUGAUAUUAUUAUUAUUACUAACCUGACCUUCCUUUCCUCAGGUCAAACCUGAGUGUCCACCAUUUCCCCAGACACUAUAUUACCCCUAUGGGUUUAGCACUUCUUCCAUGAAUGUGCAACAGUAAUAAUAACUCUUUUUCAUGUCCAGCAUUUUUGUUUAAUUAAAUUUAUAAAUUAUAAUCAUAUUCCUAUAACAUUGCAGACAGUUGUUACAAAGUAUGGUAGUAUUGCAUCUCGAGUAAACACACAAUUCUCAUUGUUAUUGGCUUGUUAUGAACAUUAGUUGUUGUCGUUGACGAUGCCAUCAAGUGUUUUCCAGCAAGGUGCAUAUGUACAUCCAGUGGAAGUCUCAUUUUGUGCAAUUUAGAUUUUUUCCUCGGGCACAACAUACUGUAAUUAAGUAGCUAGCUGCAGACAUAAGACCACAUCCAUUCUUGUUUGUUGAAGAUUAUUGUAAUAAAAAUUGCACGUCUGCUAUCCAGACCCCAUAAGGCAUAGCUAAUUGGUUGUCAUGACCAACUAAAGAUUAUUAAGCUGACAUAAGCAGCUGUUAAUUUAUUUUAUUGCAGCAUGUAUAAGAAAAGUUUAUCUUAAGUAAACUUGCAUAUGGUCCAUUGGAGUAUGUUAACGCACCACAUUCCAGGGCUUAUUUUGAGCUUGUGUUAAAACUAUGAAUUUUUUUUAUAUCUAUAUUCUUGUUACAGUUUUAUAUAUAUUUCACGACUUUUUCAGUAUUCUAUACUUUGUUACAAUAUUUUUUCAACUAGUGCCAUUUUUUUUUCUUUUUAAUGAGCAACUAAAAUGUAUUCAAUAAAGCUACUACUUGA